CCCCUCCUCUCGGCUAUCUUAUCUCUACAUUCAGACUCCAUUACUCCACUCAACACAGAGGGUUUUCCAGGCUGAUCUCAUAAACAUCUAGGACCAUGUUCUGGUGUAUACGUCUGUCCCUGGGACUCCUGUUCUUUCAUCUGGCUGCUGCUCAUGUCUUCUUAGACAGCCAAGUGGCCAAUCAAGUGCUGAAUCGAAGGAGACGAGCUAACAGCGUUUUUGAGGAGUGGAAACAAGGCAACAUGGAAAGAGAAUGUGUGGAGGAGCGCUGUAGCUGGGAAGAGGCGCGAGAGAUAUUUGAAGACAAAGAAAAAACUGAUGAAUUCUGGGCCAAGUAUAUUGAUGGAGAUGCGUGUAUAUCAUCACCCUGUGUUAAUGGCGGCCAAUGCAAAGAUGGAAUUGGCAGCUACACUUGCUACUGCCAAGAAGGGUACAAGGGCUUCAACUGUGAAAUUGUUAUUCCUCAGCUCUGUGAAGACAGAAAUGGUGGUUGUGAACAUUUCUGCAAAGUGAUGCAGAGAAGAAUUCAUUGCUCCUGUGCUGAUGGAUACUUCCUGGCAUCAGAUGACAAAUCCUGCCACUCCAACGAAACGUACAAAUGUGGUGCCAUCAGCAGCAAAGCUGUUCGGACUGUUUUCUGGUAUGAGAGGAAAAACACAACAGACGGGAACAUAACUAAGUUUAACAGCACCGGCAACAUCAACUUAACAACACAGCCUUAUGUCCAGGAUGCUGGUCCAAUGUCCUCAGUGUCUGAGAACAAAAGCCAAAACGUGGCACAUUAUCCUAAUUUGGAAAAGAUGAUUCAGUCUGAAAUGGCGACAAUGACUCGUAUUGUCAACGGGGAGGACUGUCCACCAGGACAAUGCCCAUGGCAGGCUCUCCUUGUGAAUGAAGAUAAUAUUGGGUUUUGUGGAGGAACAAUACUCAAUCAAUACAUCAUCCUGACUGCUGCUCACUGCAUGAACCAGUCACGUUACUUCAACGUGAGGCUCGGUGAAUUUGACAGGUUGGUAAAUGAGGGCACUGAAGCUGACCAUAUUGUGGACACGAUCCUCACCCACAGAGGGUACAAGGCAGACACCUACCACAAUGACAUUGCACUCAUCAAAUUAACCACACCCAUCAAGUUCAGCAGGUUCAUUGUGCCAGCCUGCAUUCCUGAGCCAGAAUUUGCUGAAAAGGUCCUGAUGCAGGAGCCGGAUGGCAUGGUCAGCGGUUUUGGACGUCUUGGCGAGGGUCGGGAGCCAUCCAGCAUCUUGCAGCGCCUAUCUGUACCUUAUGUGGACCGUCAAACCUGCAUCGAAUCCACUCCUUUACGUAUCUCGCAGCGGAUGUUUUGUGCUGGUUAUGACACAAUAGCCAAGGAUGCCUGCCAAGGUGACAGUGGCGGGCCUCAUGUCACACGUUACCGUGACACCUACUUUGUCACUGGCGUCGUGAGCUGGGGUGAAGGCUGUGCACGCAAGGGAAAGUAUGGUGUUUACACCCAGGUGUCCAAGUACAUUGAAUGGAUCCGUGAUGGUAUGAAGAUGCUGAUCCAAAAAAACAAGACCGGCAGCAGUAUGAAGAGGAGCCAUGCCCAAAUAACAAGGCUUUAUCUGUAAAACAUCUGUCAACAUCCACUGAGCAGAGAUCAGCCAGACUUUGCACCACUCAUGUAAUCACUAAUGAAUAGUCAGAGAAACCUAUUCAUCCUAGUGCUGCAAAGAGCUGCAAAUCCUACCUGUGACGAACAGAAUUAGAGUCAGUAAUUAUUUGGGGGUUCCUCAGGGUACUACUCUUGGUCCUUUAUAUUUUUAAUUUUAUUUUAUGUAACAUUAAUUUUGUAUUAAUGUUCAUUUUUCCAGAGCAAUCAUCUGACAUUAUAUUUCUGAACAAUUCAAGUCCAUCAUUUCCUCUGGGCUCUGAUUUUGGUCUUAAUCUCCACUUUAGAUGUUUUGUGUUUUGGUUUGUUCACUGAUUCUUCUGUAAGUCUUUCUCAUGAGAUUGUUUCCAUCAAAGAUGUAUACUGGAUACAUCCUCUGAAAUUUGAUUGAAUACAUUUUUUUAGUAUAAUUACAUUUUUUUUAAACAGAAUGCAUUUCAUAAUCUCUGUAAUUCAAUGUUUUGUUCCAUGUAUGCUUCAUGAGUCACUGAUAGAAACAAGCUUUUAAACUGAACAUGAAGCAAAUAAAAGCAAAC